GCUGUGAUGUCACAGCGCACUAAUAGACCAAGGGCUAUCUCCCCUCUACAGACAUUUGAUAAAAUCAGGAACUUCACACACGACUCGGGAAGAAGUUCACCUCAGAACCUGUUAGAACAAACUAUGAAAACUUGUUAGGGUGCUUCGAUCCUGAGAUCCAUCACUGCAAAGGGACUUCACGGAGUCCAAGGAUCUCACUUUUCCCCCUUUUUUUUUAACUCUUUCUUGCACUUUUUUUUUUUUUUUUUGUUUCAUGAGAUUUUUUCAAGUCAGUUAUUCUGGAUGUUCAAAAACUGAAUUAAGAAAAAUUCACUGAGAAGUUGGCUGAAUGUUGCAAGCUUGCAAAAUGGAAGGAUUUCCCCUCAUUCCCCCUAAAGAUGGCCCCUUGAAUUCCUUUCACGUUUGGUAUCCAUGUUGACUGAAAAUGUAUGUCUUCUUUUUGAGAGACCCUUUAUGGUAGCAGUUCAUCAGUAUUGCUGAAAGCCUGCAUCUACCCAAAGGCCCUCUGAAGAUAUGGUACCCUAUGAGUCAGACCUCUACCGACAGCCCCAUGACUACUACCAAUAUCUCAACAGUGAUGGAGAGAGUCAUGGUGAUCAUUACUGGGACUAUCAUCCACACCACAUGCACAGUGAGUUUGAGACCUUUGGAGACAAUCACUUCACGGAACUGCAGAGCGUACAGCCUCCCCAGCUGCAGCAGCUGUACAGGCACAUGGAAAUUGAACAAAUGCAUGUCUUGGACUCUGCAAUCCCAACCACACACAUCGGACUCAACCAUCAGGCUGAACAACCCCAACUCUCUCAGCCUGUCUGCAUAGGAGAGGUGCUCCAGCCCCCUGACCAUCUUUGUGGCCCUCCUCUGGACUCGCUCCAACAGGUGUCCUAUUUGCCCCGGAUGUGCCUACAGUACUCCUCUCCACCGCAGCCCAGUUCUGAUGAGGAGGACAUAGAGAGGCAGAGCCCCCCACUGGAGGUGUCAGAUGGGGAAACUGAUGGUGUGGACCCUGGGCCUGGAAUUAUGCAUGGAGAAACAGGCAGCAAGAAAAAGAUACGUCUGUAUCAGUUCCUUCUGGACCUUCUUCGCAGUGGAGACAUGAAGGACAGCAUCUGGUGGGUGGACAAGGAAAAAGGUACUUUCCAGUUCUCCUCCAAACACAAAGAGGCACUGGCGCAUCGCUGGGGCAUCCAGAAGGGCAAUCGCAAGAAAAUGACCUACCAGAAGAUGGCACGGGCUUUGAGAAACUAUGGCAAGACAGGGGAAGUCAAGAAAGUCAAGAAGAAGCUGACCUACCAGUUUAGUGGAGAGGUGAUGGGAAGAGGGGUCACUGAUAGGAAGCAUUAUCCUCACUGAGGCUAUGGGACCCUAAGCAAGAAAAAUAUUAAGACCUCCUGGCUGGAUACCAGCAGAGGAGAUGGACGCAUCUUUCUCUUUGCUUCCUGUGCCCCUUCUCUGCCUUUAAACAGCCUUUACCGUCAGAUGUUUCUGGUACGAAUUCCCUUCUUCAGCAUCUGAGAAUCCUAAACGUGACAGAAUUCUUUGCUUCCAUCCUACAAGUUGGACAGAGUUGGGAAAUUUAAACAAUGUACAAAUAUAUUAAUGUCAGGAAAGAUUUUUUUUUUUGAUUGUAUUGUAACUAAAGAAUACAGCUGAUGAAGUUUUGCCUUCAAAGGCGGUGCUGUGUCAUUCACAGUGACACUGCAUUAGCUUACAGCUUUCAAACUAGCAUUAAUACAGGCUCUGCCACAGCUCUCAAAGCUAGAGAGAAGUUUGCAGAUCUUGGAAUGAUACUCAUUCUUUUAAAUAGUAAUAACAUGUACAUAUUUAAUAAAAUUUGAAAUAAUGAAGUUCUGGUGUUUGCAUAAUAAAUGAUUACUUCACAAACAAA